UGGCUGGAGAUGGAAUGCAGCGGUUGCAUUUUUACUGGUCGGGCAACGGUGGAACGGAGCUCGCCUCCCACGCGCGCGCAAGCACCGGUGCCCGUCACCGCCCGCCCCUCUCCCCUGUGCAGUGAUUGAAGCAGGAGGCGCCAGGAGUUAACCGUAGAUGAAUGCCCCAGAUCGCUAUGAGCGCUUUGUCGUGCCCGAGGGCACCAAGAAGGUGUCAUACGAGAGGGAUACAAAGAUUGUGAAUGCUGCAUCCUUCACCAUCGAGCGUGAGGACCACACCAUUGGCAACAUCGUUCGCAUGCAGCUGCACAGGGACCCAAAUGUGCUCUUUGCUGGAUAUAAGCUCCCUCACCCUCUUCAGUACAAGAUUAUUGUUAGGAUCCAUACUACGAGCCAGUCUUCCCCGACACAGGCCUACACCCAGGCUAUCAAUGAUCUAGACAAGGAGCUUGAGUACCUUAAGCAAGCUUUCGAGGAUGAGAAGACCAGGUACGAGGAAAGGGCGAAGCAGGGGUUCUAAAUCCAUGGUGCCGGAGACCUGACCUUAAAAACUCGGCGUGUUAGUUUUAUCAGAGGCGCGAGUCGCCUUGAAAGUUGAAACAAUCGCACAGGGAUUGUGAGCAUGAUGUAAGACUGGCGUAUGACUCGUAAUGCUCAAGGAUCUUGUAAGUUUGUAACAUGAUUCCAGACUGAUCCCUGAACUACCAGUCAGUACUCAGUACCUUGUCUGCUGUUGAACCUGUGCCAAGAGUCCAGGGCAGGGCAGCGUGGUCAAUCUGCCGUUCUCAAUGUGAACCAUCAGGCUUGUGCCAGUUUCAUCUUAA